AUGGAAACUUUCUUCAUACACUGUCUUCACUGGCUUCGAACUCUCAUUGACCGAGUACCUUGCCUACGUCCUCUCUUCUGUCAAGCUCUGAUUGGCCUUUAUGCUGAUGAGUCGAUUUCUGAGGUCUCUUCGGACUCACUAAACUGGCCCCAUCAGCAUGGAGCAUUAACUUUAACAAACUCAUCACAAGCUUCAUCAUUAUUAAUCGCGAUUCGGGCUUGGCGCAGUAGUUCUGCUCAAGGCCAGCAUCUCUACCUCUGUCCACCCGGCAAGAUGGUACAACCGGAGUCGAUCAUACAUCCUCUCCUUCGCCGGCACUGCCGGAUUUGGCGAGGUAACUUUUAG